UCUGUCACUGUCAGUCCAGUCAUCCAUCAAAGCAACGUGCGCAAGCAAGAUUGCGAGAAUUUUCCAGUAAACUUACAAGUUAUCCCAACUCCCAGACAAGAUGGUGAGCGUCGGGCAGCAGCCCGUGUUCCGCGGCUUCGGCGGCAACGAGGAUGACGAGCCGGAGGUCACGGAGAUCGAGUCACUCUGCAUGAACUGCCACGCUAACGGUGUAACCCGUCUGCUACUUACGCGCAUCCCGCACUACAAGAACGUGGUGGUGAUGUCGUUCUCGUGCGAGCACUGCGGCUACGAGAACAACGAGAUCCAGCCCGGCGGCGCCUACGCUGACAAGGGGGUGCUAUGGAAGCUGCGUGUGGAGACGCCAGAGGACCUGAACCGGCAGGUGGUGAAGAGUGACUACACCUGUGUCCGCAUCCCCUCGCUGGAGUUCGAGAUACCUGCCAACAGUCAGAACGGAGAGGUAACAACUGUGGAGGGUAUACUGUCCCGAGCCAUCUCCGGGCUGUCUCAGGAUCAAGAAGCUCGGCGCCUUGCCUUCCCCGCGGAGGCGGCGCAGCUGGACGACUUCCUGCAGCGGCUGGCGGCGCUGCGCGACCUGCACGACAGCUGGACCCUCGAGCUAGAGGAUAUUACAGGUAACUGCUUCGUGGAGAACCCUGUGGCGCCGCGCCGCGACCCGCGCUGCGAGCGACGCGACUUCAGCCGCUCGCGAGCACAGGACCUGCAGCUCGGCAUAUACAACCAGAGCGACGAGACGCCAGACGACAGCUCCCCCUCAGAGAACGACAACAGCGACUCGUACCCCAACAUCGCGUCGCUCCGCCUCCAGCCGACAGACUCCGCCCCCAGCCCCGCCCCCUCGGCCCCCACUCCGUCGGAGGGGCUGCUGUCGCCGGCGGGGGCGGACGCGAUGCCGUACGAGCGGCUGGAGGCCGACGAGGUGCUGCAGUUCAGGACCAACUGUCCCGACUGCAACGCGCCCUGCGAUACUAACAUGAAGAUGACCAACAUCCCGCACUUCAAGGAGGUAGUGAUCAUGAGCACCACGUGCGACUACUGCGGGCAUCGCACCAACGAGGUGAAGUCAGGCGGCGGCAUAGAGGACAAGGGCGUGAGGUUCGAAGUGCGAGUCGCCGGGAGGGAAGACUUCUCCAGAGAUAUACUUAAGUCGGAGACGUGCAGCAUGGAGGUCCCCGAGCUGGAGCUGGAGGUGGGGGGCCGAGCGCUGGGCGGGCGCUUCACGACGGCGGAGGGCGUCCUCAGCGCCACGGCCGCGCAGCUCCGAGCCUGCCCCGGCGCCGGGGACGCGCCCUCGCUCUCCACUCACAAGCUCGACAAGUUCAUCGAAAAGCUCGAGGAAGUCCUGCGAGGAGAGAGAGCCGUCACCAUCAUCCUGGACGACCCCGCCGGCAACUCGUACGUGCAGAGCCUCGCCGACGACCCCACGCAGCCCGACCCCGGUCUGAAGAUAACUCGUUACGAGCGCAACUUCGAGCAGAACGAGGAGCUCGGCCUCAACGACAUCAACACCGACGACUACCUGCCCAGCCGCUAGCUGCGACACGUCACGUCACGUCAUGACGUCAUGAUGAUGUGGCGUCAUACUAGCGUGGUAGUGACGUCAUGACAGCGUAACGUUAUACUAGCGUGACGUCAUGGCGUCGUGACGUGAUGAGUGGGUGGGAGUGUGUAUAGCUGAUAUUUGUGUUGAAAUUACAGCAAUUGUAUUUGGUAGGUAAAGAGAUGUGUAUUAGGCACGGUUAAAUGGUGUGCAUUAUUAAAAUACUUUUUAUAUCAAUUAACUACACCUGCCUUAGCGCUUUCAAAAUAACUUUUGCUUUCAAAAUAAGUGGCUUUUUCUAAAUGUUCAAAAGUUUUACUUUAAUGGAAAUUAAAUAAAGACAGACUUACUUUCGCAUUUAUUAUAUUAAGUGAUAAAUGAAAUACCUAAUGACGUUAACAUAUUGCUGUGAUUUUGACGCAAGCCUGCACAUAGCAAGAAUGUAACCGCAGUAACUUAUAUAAUUUGUUAAAAAAGGAAUAUCAAAUAAAAUGUUAUGUAUAUAAUGACAAAAACUAUUUAUUAUGUCUUUAACUUUUUAUAUCAUUGAGUGACGUAUGAAAGAGGCAAAAUGUUGUGUUGCCGGCCGCGUGUGUGUGUGUGAGUGAGUCGGAAGGAGAUGAUUGAAAACCCCGCAAUGUAGGUCUAUGUAAAUAACCAUAUUCCUUAAUGAUAUUGACUUACUAUCCAUUACACGCUGCGAGUCACACUCGUGUGUCGGGAAUAAACAAAAAAAUAGAAAAGACACAAAAAAGAAAUAUAAUAAAAUCUUAUCAACAAGCAUUUAUAUCCGUAGCGAGCUAUCAUGUAAUUCUUCUCGACCGUAGACAACUGUAACUCUAGACUAGAUGCUAUUGUUUUGUAAUACAAUUCUACACAAA